GAGAGUGUGUGUAUAGAAAGUAAUUGUAUUAAUAAAGACAGAAGCUUUGUAAAAUAGUGGUGGAACAGCAAGCGAACAAGCUACUUACCAGAAUUUUCGUUUUGAAAUUUCAUGUCCAUCUUGCCUAUCCAAGCCCAAGGUUCCACUUCAUCUUCUUCGUUUGACUCGAUCCCUACAAGCCCUAAUUCUAAUCAUGGCACCUCUUCUCAAUCUCCUUCUUCUCUCUCCCGCCAAUUCCAGUCCAUGCAAUUCAUCGAUGAUGCUCAAUCUCAAUCUCCAAUCGCUGUAUCAGCUCUCCGCUUGAAGCCACUACUUCUUGGCUAUUAUGUAUUGUAUGUAAAAAUGGGCUUAUCGGCUCCAGCAGCCGAAUACUCGGGUGGAUCUUCCAAAAAGGUGAAUGAAUUAAGGGCAUCAAAUGGGGAAAGCAGUUUGUCUCAACAAAAUGGAGAGAUGCAUCUCCAGUCUCCCCUUGAUGGUCAAGGUGUUGGAUCUGCUCGGUCCAAAGGGAAAAUAAGUACUUGGAACUGUGCUCCAGGAGGGAAUGGCCCCAUCAGUGGUCCAGGAGGGAAUGCAUAUUCAACAGGAAGAAGAGGCCAGAUGAUGAAUGCUAACCAUUUACUGAAUUUUCAGUAUGACCCGAUUGCUCGGUCUCAACCAAGAGCUCCUCCUCCAAGACGGCAGCAGAAGAUAAAGCCUUAUAACAAGGAUUUAUUCCUUCAGGCUAAUUACAAGUUUGUUGUGUUAGAUACAGGGAAUUAUGCUCCUGAAUUAAUGGAUCCUGAUAAAAUGCUCAGGUGGGAGGAUAUUAUUUGCGUGAGAUAUGCCACCCCAUUUCCAGUGCAAUGUCCUAUUUGUUUGGAAUAUCCUCUGUGCCCACAGAUAACUUCGUGUGGACAUAUAUUUUGUUUCCCCUGUAUUCUUAGGUACUUGCUAAUGGGCAAGGAGGAUCACAAAGGUGAUUGCUUUAAAAGAUGCCCUUUAUGUUUUGUUAUGGUAUCUCAAAAGGAUUUGUACACCCUCUACGUUGAGACUCUUAAGCAGUACUGUGUUGGUGAUAAUAUAGAAUUCAUGCUUCUAACCCGGCAAAGAGGUUCUUUUACUCCAUCUCAGAAAAAUAAACCAGAGAUGGAUACCAGUCCAAGUUGCAAUAAUGAUGUCUAUGAUCCAUUCUUAAAGUUUACAUUUACUUCAGAUGUGGAACUGUCAGUGAGAAAAGCAAUAUCAGAUUUGGAUAGUUGGUUAGCCAAAGCAGAUUCAGGGCUUGUAGAUGACUUGGAGAAGCUUCCUUAUGUUUGUGCUGCAAUGGAGCAACUAGAACAGAGGAAGAAAUAUUGGAAUGAGCAGCAGGUGGGCUAUAAUAAUAUAAAUUGUAAAUGUGCUAAGAGUCAGAAACAAUCUCAAGAGCUUUUGUCAAAUCAAAAUUUGAACUGUGCUUAUCAAAACUCUAGUUCUAGAUGUUCAGUGCAGUCUAUUGAUGCCAGUGAUGGAAAUAAGUACUUGCGCAAUGUGAAGUUGGACAUGAUUGAGUCAUUAGAAGGUCACGAUUCAGUUUUACCAUCUUCAUUUGAUGAGAGCAAGAGUUUGCAGAAAUCCUUUAAUGGAUCAAGAGAUGUUAAGUACAAUGACUCUUACAAUUUCUACCAGGCAGUUGACGGUCAGCACCUUAUUCUUCAUCCUUUAAACAUGAAGUGUCUUCUACACCAUUAUGGGAGCUAUGAUAUGCUUCCUCAGAGGAUAAACGGAACAAUUUUGCAGUUGGAAACAGUGACUCAGUCAGAAGCAAUGAGAAGGCGAUAUCGAUAUCUAAGUCACUUUUCAUUAACGACCACGAUCCAACUAUGUGAAAUUGAUUUGAGUGGGAUGCUAACUCCUGCUGCGCUGCUUCCAUUCAUGGAUGAGAUCAAGAAGCGUGAGAAGCAGAGGAAGAAACUGGCCCAAAAGGAACGAAAAGAGAAGAUCAAGGCCGAAGCUGCAUCUGCACAUUCUAUGCCAGGUUUAUCCAGUAUUGGACGCUCCUUUUGCGAUGACUCCCCUAAAUUUUCUAUGGAUGACUUUGAAGCUCUUGGAAGUUCCACGGCAAUGUCAUCAAGCCCUCCAAUGUCUUCAAGUCCUCCAGUUGUUGGGGAGAGAUUACUGUUCUCAAAUGUCACACGGCUUGGUUUUGCUGCUGGCCAUGGUUCACCGGCCUUGAGAACUGAGGAAACCAGUGCUUUGCAUAACAACAAAGUGACAAAUGAUUCUUCAAGUGUAUCCGGUACAAAAAAUUCAGGCACACCAUCAUUUGCCAAUGUAAUAUCUAGAGUGAAGUCAGGAGAAGCUCUGGAUGCACCCAAGACAAAUGAAAUUGGAAAGAAAGGAAAGAAAUCGAGUCGAGUCCUUUUGUCAACUGCAGGUGGUCGACGCUACUAAAGUAUAUGUUCAAUCUCUUCAGAUGUUCUUGGCCUGUGUUUAUUCUGAGACUUGACCUUGUGAAAUGAAAUUCUGUUCGAAUUACUAUGACUAUGUAAAGGUGUUACUCUGGGAUUGAAAUAUUAUACUAAAAUAAUAUUUCAUAAUGUGCAUUUUUUUUGGCUCGCUUC